AUGAGUUUAAGCCUCCGAAGAUCAUAUCAGUGGGAUCGACUAAAAGUGAAUCGUAUUUGUCGUGAAGUUCUAUUAUUACUUACCGAAGUGAUAUUUUAUGCGGUAGUGUCAGUAAAUACUGUAUUCGAUUUCGGUCGUUACGUGAUCCUGACUGGUAACCGUUCAAUCGAUUGUCUGAGGACAUCUAUCGUUUUGUUCACAUCCGUUCUGCUCAUUGGUAGAGAAGGAUUAUACCGAGUGAAAGAAGAAGCAUCUGUUGUAUAUAUGAAAGAUACCAACAAUUUUCGAGGUCGUCUAUUCGAUCAUCAAGAAGAGUAA